AUGGUUUGGUUUGCCAGUUUUCUGGCUGGAUAUCUAUGUGAUCACUUUGGAUAUCGCAUCACAUGUUUUAUGGGAGGAAUCCUGUGCAUUGCAGGACUCCUGUGCAUUGCAGGCUUGGUAGCGACUUCCUUCGCUAAUAGCCUCACUGUCAUGUACUUUACUUACGGUUUGGUGUACGGAAUGGGGGCCUGUUUCAUUUACAACUCUUGCUUCUUGGUUGUUGGAACGUAUUUCAAACAAAAACUCUCGUUAGCUGUUGGUAUAACGGCAUUAGGAUCUGGUGCAGGUGUCUUUUACAACGGUCCGUUGCUACAAGCUCUUUUGGACGCGUUUGGAUGGAGAAACACAUUUAGAGUAAUGACGGCAACCUUCGCUCUUGUUUGCAUUUUGAGUUUGAAUUUCAAUCCAAAUGUAGAGACAACAUCGGAGGUGGAUGUGGAAUCAGAAACUUUAGACGCGGAACAAAAACUAGGAAUUAAGGGAAGAAUCACUUUUUACUGCAGCGUGUGGACAUUUCCUGUUUACACUUUUGUAGUCAUUUCUAUAACAGUUGGAAGUUUUGGCAUGUUCAUUCCAAUCAUCAAUCUGGUCAAAUAUUGUGAGGAUCUUGGGAUCAAGGCGCAGAGUGCCUCUCGAUUGUUCAUCUUCAUUGGCCUUACCUCAUCCCUUGCACGGAUUCUGUCAGGAAAACUGUGCGAAUAUCCAAAGAUUAACCCAGUGUUUGUCUAUCAGUCGUCCCUGUUUAUUGGUGGUAUGCUUCAUACUAAUCUUUCUCUCUUUGGUUUUGCGUUGACUUCCACAGGAAUGAUGGCAGACCAAACAGGGAACUACAUAAAUUCGUUUUACAUGACCGGCGGUGUUGUGAUGUUUGCAUUUUUGAUUCCCUUUGCAUUGAUUUUCAUCAACCGGGAAAAGUCUCGAGUCAGCCCAAUAGUGUCAAGAGAAAUGAAAGACAAAGAAGCAAAGUGUACUGCUCCAAGAGCCGAUGUGGCAGCCAAUAAUUUCCCUGCUCAGAGCUAAUUAAAAAAUAACCGCACUCAUCUUUUCCAGCAACUUUAACAAUGUCUUCAGAGUAAAAGUCUUUCGUCUUUUAUAGUGAAACUGAAAAGCCCCAUUGCCUUUAAAAUCGAAGGCUUGUUAUGUAAGGUGAAUGGCAUAUGAUUAGUUUGCCUUUAACAAGAUUUAAUUUUAUGGGCAAAAACGCUAAUAAGAGGAACGAAUGAGUAAAGGAGAUCAGAUGAUUUAACACGAAGCUGUAAAGUACUUUAACUUUCUUUAUUUUCAUGGGGAACAGCCGUGGAAAAUUUCUGUUAAAAGCAACGGAAAGAGUUUUUUCUUCUAAGACUCGACCGUAUCCUUCUUAAGUCCGGGCUCUAGAGAUUGAAAAUUUGCACUUUUGAUAUAUAUGCGAUAUUGACCAAGCGUGAGGUCAAGAUGGCUAGAUAUUAGCAGAGUUCUUUUUUUGCGUUUCAAUGGACCGGGACCAAGUCGAGGUCCAUAGAAGCGCAAAAAAA